AGAUCUUAUUAUAUUAUACAUAAAAAAUGAAGUGGAUAGUUUUUGUUAUAACAUUAGUAAUAUGCAAUUAUAUAAUAUCCUGUCAGGAUAUUGUAUUUCCGAAUAAUGAAGAGAUAUCUCACGUGAGCGGCAAUGCGGCGAUAACAGAACGUAUUCCAGUGGCUGCACCAAAUAUAUGUCCCAAAGGCAUGCUUCUUUAUCCUGGAGCUGGAAGUAAAAGUACAUGGGUAUGCGAUUGUAGGCCUAGAUUUCUAUAUUUUCCAUUGAAUGAUAGUUGUCACGAAGCAUAUAGACAAGGACCUUGUGCACCACAGAAUUAUGUUGUACUUCCUAAGGACGAAGUUAUACCAAAAUGUGUAAAAAAUCCUUGCGUGGAAGAUGGCUUAGUACAAUAUAAUAAUACAUGUUAUCCUCUAAGAACUAGAGGUGGUCCUUGUGCCCCUGAUGGAGUAAUAGGAGUGAAUGAAACUACAUUUGACUUAGAAUGUGUGUCAACGGACAUUGCACCAUUUGUAAUUAUUGAUUCACCUUUAAGAAAGUGCCCCGUGGGAAGCCGUAGGAAUGCUCUUGGAAUAUGUAGAGUAAUUUUGACCUAAUAUGUUUCUAUUUAACAAAUUUCUGUUUUUUUUAAUAACAUGGUAUUUAUUUGUUUGGCCUCUUUCAUAUAAUAAAUAUCAAUAUAUUAUUACAAUUCUGAUAUAUUAUGAGAAUAUAUAUAACAUUUAUAUUUACAAAAUAUAGUUCUUACUACAUUUAUGUAUGCUUAUCUAUAACAUGGAACUCUUAAUUUACAUACAUACGUUCAUGGAAUAUAAUCGUGUAUGUCUAUACUUACAAAUAUCACCAAUUGUAUAUUACAUGUUCUUUAUGUAAUAUAUAUCUCAAUAAUAUAUUUUAAUGUAAUUUAUAUCAUUUUUACAUACUGUAUAUACAAUUGGGCGGAAAUAUAAUACACAAUAAAAAAACUAAAAUACUAUCAGUUAAAUUAAAGGUACUGAACCUAAAUUCUAAUUUAAAGCAUAAAUUGCAAUUUUAUACAGUCUUGAUAUGUAUAAACGCAAAGAUAUAGCUAAUAAAUUAUAUCUUUUAAGUA